UGCAGGCUUCAGAGCCAGUCGCUGCAGUUUCUGCACUUACUGGUGCUGCGCUGCGCUGCAUGGGCUGUGCAGUCGAGAGCCUGCCUGAUCACGACAGCGCUUAAUCCGUAUUGCCCAGAAUAUCCGAUAAUAAACAUGUACCCACAGACUGUAGUUAAUACAGCACGUAUGCUGUGAAAUAUACAAUGUGUGUGGAUAUUAUGCCCACAUACGAAAAUAAAUGUUAUGGGGUUUUUUUAUGUUAUAUAUUUGUAUAUACAUUGUAGCUACUUUCGCUGACCAAGACGAGGCGAAGCUCAGCUGAACAUGCCUAUUAUAUUAACGAUGGCAAGACGCAAAUAUCUUGUUGGCCACUGUCACCAGUGUGUAUACGAGAAGAGGGAACGGGACUGUGGACAACAUGACAAACUGGGAAGAAAACUCAAAUACGCAAAUACACUACAGAAACAAGACCACAAAACGCAACCUGCGACUAGCAAUAUUUGCUACAGAAAAAUAAGUGCGUAAUAAGCGUAAUACAUUUGGCAAUAGUGAGAAUGAACAGGAUUUCAUCACAGGUUCACUGAUCAGUAAAGGACCAUUUCCGAUAAAGAGCGCUCGUGGCAAACACGUAAAUGCAGACCACGUCAAAGUAUUACUUAGUAAAUCAGGCAGUACACUUGAAUCUGUUGGAAAGACCUACUGUAAUACUCUCCAUAUUCAGUAAGAUUUAGAUUUCCAAGAGCAGCCUAAAGAAUUGGGGCCAUGAUCACUGGCUCAGCAGCAGACUCAGGGGCCCCAUCAGCCCCCCCUGCCAGUAUGUUUGACAGCGUACCAGGUUACGAGGGCACGGUUUCGGGUGGAGGAGGUGGAUACCUUCCUCCUCCAGUACCAACACUACCGAUGCCUGUACCAGAACAUGGCCCCGUUGAGGCCAGCUGGAACAUUCCCUCCAUCACCGAGGACACUGCCCGUGAUGCCUUUGUGAGUUAUGCUUCCAGUAAAUGCUGUUACAGCACUGAUCCGGCCCGGGAUGGAGUCAUCACCAACAUGGAAGCCUUCAACACCUACAGGUAUCGUUUGGAGACCUUCACUGAGACCAGAUCUACAGAGUGGAAGCAGGAGCCAUACAUUGACCAGGUUGUGGAUGCAUUUAUCCAGCCUGCACCAGGCCCAUGGGAAAUAGCAGCCCAGGCACCCAACUUAUUCCAGGAUUACACGCAGAACAUCAGGGUGCCCUACACGUCCUCUGUCAAGAACUGCCAUGUGUGUCUUGGUAUGGGCAGAACACCAUGCAAAGAGUGUUCUGGCUGUGGAAGCAAAGUGUGCUGGCUAUGUAAUGGCUCUGGUUUUCGCCAUGGUAACGAUCGCUGCACGCACUGCAACGGCCGUGGGAGGGAUAACUGCUUUAGAUGCAAAGGGCAGGGAUCUUGCGAGUGUGACACUUGUCAUGGGAAGAGACAGCUCCUUGUCUUCAUCAACCUUAAGGUGCAAUGGACAAACAAUAACGAUGAUUAUCUGGUGGAGCAGUCAAGUGGCCUGAAGUCAGAUAAUCUUUGCAAAGUGACAGGCAGGGAAAUGUUCAAAGACUCUCAGUAUCAGCUUUACCCAGUGAUGGGCUUCCCAAACCAUGCCAUUGUCCAAGCUUCUGAGCGCUUAAUAAGAGAACACCAAUCCAGAUACUUCCAGACUUCCCGCAUUCUGCAGCAGCGCCACACCAUAGAGCUGAUCCCCAUUACCCGGGUGAGCUACACAUGGAAAGAAAAGUCCUAUAUGUACUUUGUGUAUGGGACUGAGUCAAGCGUGAAUGCAGACAACUAUCCAGCCACAUGCUGCUGCUCUGUGAUGUAGAGUGCUGGCCACCUAGUUUCAUGAACCACCUUCUCAUUCAUUCUUUAACAAAGAAGGGGAUACAGCGAGUAUAAAUCAGGUAGCUUAGUGCACAGGUGGAUUGAAUACCUACAGACACUGUGGCCUGUGAUGGGCAGCAUUAGUAAGUUCAUUUGUCCAGCUAAAACAUGGGUGUGUUGGGUAAAAACACUCAGCAGUGUCAGAUCCUUGCUCUGAAUUCCAUCUGAUAAUAUUGAAAAUUAAAUUAGACAACUGACUUCAAACUAAUAAUACUAUCAACACAAUGAAAAUGUAAAAGAUUUUUUUCAAAUAUGCCAAAGUAUUAAAAUUGCAUACAUAUGAAUUGCCACCUGUAUUCUCACAGAAGUGCCAGAAAUGUAUGUGUCUAAUGUGAUGUUUCCUGUUUUUUACUGUUUUUGUGUGUGUGGUUACCCAGCAUCUAGCACAAUCAUGCUGUCACUGUCAAUGUGCAUGACGUGCAGCGGUAGCUUGGUGCAUAAGGUAUUUGACUAGUAAUCAGAAGGUUGCCAGUUCAAGCCACGCUACCACCAGUUUACUAUUGUUGAGCCCCUGAGCAAGGCCCUCAAUUACUCAAAUUGUAUUCAUUUAUAAUUGUAAGUCACUUUGGAUAAAAGCAUCAGCUAAAUCCCAUAAUUGUAAAUGUAAUGUAAGUGACAAGAGAUCAUUAGUUUUUGUUACUGUAAAACAUUGUUGGAAUUAAUGCAAAACCUUUUGCAGUCUAUUGACAUAUUUUACUGAACCUGUGCUUGUUGCCAUGAAUCUAUUAAUAAAACACUCAUAUAAAAGUCACAUUAUUGGCACAUACCUAAUGUAUUUGAUAAUUGAAUAAUAUAUUAUGAUUUUCUCA